GUAGGGCUGCCUGCACAAUCCAACAUGGAGUAGCGAGCGAUGGGGCUCUAGCGGGGCCACCCCUCGGUAACGAUAGUGCCCAUUCAGCAACGCUGAACGGGCCGUCGAAAACCGGGCCCCCAGAAUUUAGGAGGCAACAUUUUACUUCACCGUAUUAACCUGAGGAUUAUAAACUUUCGGAUAGUCUUUAUUUUACACAAGCAACUGGUUGGCUUGACAAGAAAAGGACAGCAGAGAGAGAGAGACCUACUGUAGUCUAAGACUGAAGCAGAGAGCGUUAGGUAUUCACACAAAGGCAGCGGAAAGAUAGGCUACUAUGCGGAGUAGAAGGGAAAGGACUGAGGAUAGGUGUUGAAAAAAAAUGACGGCCAAAAAAUAUGCACCCGCAUUGGGAUAUUAUUUCAGGUGAAACGGGAAAAAUGAUAGAAGAAACACAUCCAAACGAUGAAAGCUACAUCGUGUGUGUAAAAGCGGUGGUGAUGGUGAGGGAUGACUCCAGUGGAGGCUGGUUGGCCCAGGACGGGGGGGCUCUGAGCAGGGUGGGAGUCUGCAGAGUCCUGCCCCCCGAGCUGGGGCUUGGGCUUGCCCCCCUGGGUCGCUCCCACUUCCUCAUCCACGGAGAACGGCUACGGGACAAACAGGUGAUCCUGGAGUGUGCUCUGAGAAAGAACCUUGUGUACACCAAGGCCACGCCCACCUUCCACCAUUGGAGGGUGGAUGACAGGAGGUGUGGCCUGACGUUCCAGAGGCCUGCUGAUGCCCGGGCCUUCGACAGGGGCGUACGGAAAGCCAUCGAGGACAUGACAGAAGGCUCCACGACGUCCUCCUCAACACUCCAGAAUGAGGCUGAACUGGGCGACGAUGACGUGUUCACCAACGUCACAGACAGCUCGUCUAACUCCUCCUCCGAGAGACUGGAGCCCUGUCUGCAGCCACUGGACUCCUCCCCCCUCGCUGACUCAUCCCACCUACACAACAACUACAUCCUGGGACACGACCUCCACAAACCCUAUAGGUUGUCAGACCACUACUUCCUAGAUCUGCCUCUGCCCCGCAUCCCUCGCCACGUCAGCUUCCAGGAGGACGAGGAGAUCGUCAGGAUCAACCCUCGGGAACGUUCCUGGGAGCUCCCCUCGGAAUCCUCAUCCCGCUCGGAACGCGGCGUGGACCAACUAGAACGCUCCUGGCUCACGGGCUAUGAUGACUACCGUCAGGCCACGGUCCACCCGCCGGAUGACUCCGAGUCCUAUGUCCACUUCGCUAAGAGCGAGCCCCACAAACACCAUUAUAGCUAUCCCCUGGUGUCCGCGCCGUUACAUUCCUCCGACUCCGAACCUACCUUCAGACCUUUACCCAAGAGCCACCACUACGCCGGCUUGGGUUCGCACCACCACCGUACAGGGGAGCAUGGCUUCGGUGGGGGCAUGGUCUCUACCCAGCCCCAACCCCUCCUCCCUGGCUCGUCAAAUGGGCACGACAAGAAGUCUGAGGAGGGCGGGGUCGGUGAACGCCUGCAGUGCCAGUACUGCGGUGAAUCGUUCUACCGUGGUAACAACCGACGGGGGCGCUGCCAGGAUGCACCGGACCCGAUCAGGGCGUGCGUCAGGCGGGUCAGCUGCAUGUGGCUGGCCGACACACUGCUGUACCACUGCAUGUCCGACCCGGAGGGGGACUACUCGGACCCCUGCUCCUGUGAGGGGGGUGGUGAGGGGAGGCUGGGCACACGCUGGGCAGCUCUGCUGGGGUUGUCCCUAGUGGCGCCAUGUCUCUGUCUGUACCCGCCCCUUCACGGCUGCCACCGGGCCGGGGUGGCGUGCGGGUGCUGCGGGGGCAGGCACAAAGCCUCAAUGACAUAAACCUUACACAACCCCAAAAAACACAUGGAGGGGAAUACAUGGUGGGGAGAGAAGAGGAGGGGGAGUGGUCCUAUGCCCCAUUUAGAUGUUGUGGUUUUGUUACUCUACAGAUGGACGUGUAUAUACAGCCGAAACGUUGGCGUGUUGUAGCUAACAUUUUGAAAUGGCGUACAGAUUGAUAAGCUCCUUGUUGUCUGUCGCUCUCUCUCCUCUCUCCACGUGGCUGUCUUGUUCGCUCCAUUCCUGUUUGAGGAGGGACUCUUUUUUUUUAUAGCUCACUAAUAUGUAAUGUAUCACAUGCAACCAGGUACUUUCUACUUUUUACACUGACUUGGUGAUGAACCACUUGAAUUGUUUAGUUUGCGUAUGUUGUGUGGUUGGUUGCUAGGAGUGCCUGUUUGAUAUUAGACCUGGGUUCAUAUACUAUUUGACAUUGUUUCUAUAAUUUCAGUGUUUGUUCUAGCCGGCCUGGAGUUCCAGAAAGGGCGGGGUUUGCAGUGUUUAGACUUCUAUUGGUUCAUUAAGCCAGGCAAGCUCAAUCAAGCACAGAUUAAGUCUUUGAAAUGAUUUAAAAUAGUAUUUGAACCCAGGUCUUGUUUAGAUCGUUCUGUUUAUAUGGCGCCAGGGCCGAUCCCAGACCCCUCGAAACUAAACUGGCCUUCUGUCCCAAGUCCUUAAAACAAGGUUCAACUUGAAGCUCUCCAGUGAGAAUCAACAGGGACUUGGGUCUUGACAUUUAAAUCCAAAGAUGUAUUUUUGAUUGUAUUUAUUUUUCUCUCAGAAUUGCCCCACCAGCCACAGGGUGGCAGGGUGGACAGACAGACAUGCCAGUUGGUAGGAGAUAGAUAGACAGUGCCUAGAUACCUUCACUAAAGCCAGGAACACAUUUAGGCUGAGUCCCAAAUGGCACCGUAUUCCCAUAGGGCCUUGGUCAAAAGCCCUGCACUAUAUAGGGAAUAGGCUGCCAUUUGGGAUGCACCCUUAGCCUUUUAAAAGAUUAGGUCAAAUCUGAGGUGUGUCAGUUUGGGAUUUAUCUCAACGUUACACCACUUGAGGUUUGAAAACGUCUGACAAACGUAGAUUUUGGGAAGAACUACUUUGAGACAUUGUGUUAUUAACAUUUAUACAGUUUCAAAGUUUAAAUGUACCUGCAGGAAAUAAAAUAAAUAUGUUUAUAAUAUAUGAGAAAGGAACUUAAACUCAAUAAGACUUUUCUAUUGAGAGAAUGAGUCAAAUAUAGAUGAUUAUUAUUAUUAUUAUUAGUUUAUCAGCAUCGUAUAAUCUCUCUGAGGACCUAUAAGAAGCAGUUUCACCUUAGACCCGCCCCCUUCAUCCGGUCACACACCUUUUCUCGUAUGAUUGACCUUGUAGCUAUCCACUUCCAAACACUCCAUCCACAAUGUUAAA